UUGAUUGAGCAGCCCCUCAAUCCCACAUAAAUUGCUUCUUUUCUGUUAAUUUAUUUAUUUAUUUUGAGGAUAAAAAUUGAAAAAAGUGAUCAUGAAAUAAAUGAUUUUCUCCUAAAAAUAAUUUCAUAAAAAUUGCUAAAAUUUGCAACAUUUUCAUCUCAUGCCCAACAUGCUGUUGUAGCAUAAAAAGGGGCGGAGAUGGAAAAAUUUUACCUUUGAAUUUUAUGCUCGCCCUGGCGUCGCUUUGGGUUUUCCCAGGUAGAUUUGGUCUGUGAAUUUUCCUCAUAUAUCAUUCUCAAAAACUACUAAUCCCUUGAGACGAUCCCACAGAAGAUCUCCUCAUUGGUGCACACAGGCAGGUAAAGCUGCUACCUAGAGGUACUUUGUGUGCAAAGGAGCUUCUCGAUGGUUAUAAAAGACCCUGCUCAGUGAGCUUGUGGAUCAUUUGCUGUACAGUUUCUGUCCCGUAAUAGUCACCCAGAGGAGAGUGAGAGAAGUCUUUGUUUGCCCCAAAGUGAGUGGAAAUUGUGGUUUUUGUUACAAGAAAAAAAAAUUUCGUGAAUUCUUCAAUGAUAAAAAUGAGUGACUACGUGCCAUCGACCGCCAUGGAUAACUUUGAGAGUAUCGGGAAUGCCCUCGAUGAGAUCCGGAAAAUUGAGUCUGAUCUAGUGCAAAAUGCUGAUGGAUCUUGGACGUCGCGAUCAGCAAGCACAUCCCCGCGCGAUAGCCCCCCUGGAAGCACAAUCCUCCAUCCUGGGUUGAGUCUCAUUGAGGAUCCCAACAGCAAGGAGCUCCCCAAGCCACAGGGUACACCGCCAUGGGAGAGGAUUGAUGAUGACUACUAUGUGCCCCCAAAGCAAUCAACGCUCCCACCGCCACCACUUCAUCAGACCGCUGUUGUGCGCCAAUCAGCAACCGUUGCACCACUUCCGGUGCAACGUGCAACCACCAAGACACCCGAAACGGAAUUCCGUGAGGCUGUGAAGAAGCGCUCGCGCACACAAUUCAGCAGCAACCAACUUGUGGCACUCGAAAGGGCUUUUGCCAACAAUAUCUACAUCACACGCGCUUCCAGGGGAGUCCUGGCGCGGGAGUUGUGCCUAUCGGAGAAACAAAUCAAAAUCUGGUUCCAGAAUCGACGCAUGAAGGAAAACAAGGUGCUCAAGGGCACGCAGGCACACAAGGCAAAUCGUUUAGCCGCCACAGCGGUGAAGAAUCUCAAACGUUUGGAGGAGAAGCAGAAGGAUCAGAGCAUCGUCUCACGAUUGAUGUCCCAGCGUCAGGCGGUGAUCGGUCAGGCUACUUCCUAUGCUGCCAAUGGAAAUUUCCUUUCAGGCGAUGAUGUCCAUCAGGUGCGCGCCGUGCAGCAGUACCAUCAGUAUCCCCCAGCUCCACCACCAUACCCAGCAGGAUCGCAACUCUACCAGGAACAGCGAUCGUACUACCAGCCAGAUGUGCAGUACCAGCCAAAUGGCGGUGGUGUCUACCGCAGUGAGAUGGAGAAGCCUCAAUUCGACAUCCCAAUGCCGUACAACUAUGCUGAUCAUACGUUGGAUCAGCUGCACGAUCACCUCAUGGAUUAUCCCAUUGUGAGUGGGAUGCUGAUCAACGAUAUGCCCAGCUCAACGAUCGCCUGGGGAAAUAUCCUCGAUCGCCAGCUAACGGCGUAAAAUCAUUCCCGUACGCGAUCUCAGUCGUGAGAAGAUCGCAAAAUGAUCUCUACAUGCUACCUGAUCAUGCGGUACAACAAACUUCAUCUUCAUCAUUUUCGUGCCAUCCGUGGCCUUGUUCUUGUCUAUACUUACAACAUUACUCGUAAGUCUUGCUUCAUUUUAUGUAACAAAAGAAUUUUUAAGAAGUAUAUUUCUUAAAGAAAAAUAUUUUAUUUUGUAAAAUAUUCAGUAGCGAUCUCAUUUUAUUCAAUUAAACAGUAAAAACCUGAUAAAAAGAUCGCCGUAUUUUAAGCUAUAAAGAUAACAAUUCUUUGUGAAUAUAUUUUAUAUUUUAUAAAUUGUAUAUCGCACUCAUCGCACUGAUUUUUUAAAAGAGAAAAAACUGUUAAAUGAACGAUGAAAGCAAAAUGAAAAAAAUGUUAAAAGUGUCUUUGAGUGUGAAGGGAGAUUAAAGAAUUGAACAAAAAAAAA